AUGUCUUCGAUUUCAUCAAAGGCUAUUGUAAUCACAUACCCAAGCGCUGAGAGACAUGGUGGCAUCGGUGCUUCGUCAACGAAGGGCCAGGUGUCUAUUUAUGAUUCCUUUGAUUUUGACAGUGAUGACAGUAUCGCUGGGGGGCCGAGGAAGCGACGACGGCUGACUCACCUCACCCCAGAUGAGAAGCUUCUGAGAAGAAAGCUCAAAAAUCGUGUGGCUGCACAAACAGCCAGAGAUAGAAAGAAAGCCCAGAUGGUGGAUCUGGAAGACAAGCUGGCCAUCCUUGAGGAUGAGAACAGACUGUUGAAGGAACAAAACCGCUCGUUGAAACAAGCCUCCAGUUACUUGGCCAAAGAGAACGCUUCACUGAAGUCGCAGCUGGCCACCAAGUCAUUGUUUCCCUCCAAAACAGAUUCUGCAACCAAAAGGUCUGCAGCGCCUGAGCUUCCUCUGCAGAAGGAACGGGUUCAGAAUCUGCUUCGGAGGGAGAUCAACUACGCCAUUACAGUAACUCUAAGCCUGAUAAUUUCCUGGGCCUGCUUCAGGAACUCGAGGAAGACUGCAAGCGGGAAGGAUGCCAGACACCCCCAGCCACACAUCUCUCACAUACUGCCUACGGACCAGGCAGUUCUGAUGACGGCUUCAGGACCAACUGUAGAAGAGCAACACCAGGAAUGGUGGGGCUCACAUCAGCGGAGCUGGAAUCCCUCAGCGAAUUAA